AUGAUGCUUCGAGCAUCCGAUGCGUGGAUCACCUAUUGCGACCCCUGGAUGAAGCGGCAGUUCGACGCUGCGGGAGCCGAGCUCCAGCCAGGGAAGGUCUAUCAUCGCUUGGUCGUGGCGAUCGCUUGGUCGGCCCAUGGGCCUUUUGAAGUGGUCCCCGACACGGACACGGUGACUGCAGCCAUCGCUGCUUGGCUCGGCGAACCCGCUCCGGCCCAACUGGUCUACGCCUGGGAGUUGAACGCCCGGAACAUCUCGGCGCAGGCCUAUCGCCUUGGGGAGCUGAACCCAGAGACGGAGUUCGUGCUGAAGGCCUUGGAGGUGCCGGUGCCGCCCCUGUUGCCGGAGCUCUCGAAGGAGGUGGCCGUGGUUGACACCAACAACCCGGAAGAGCUUCCGGAGGGUAUCCAAAAGACUCGGAUCCACUCAAUUGUGGACCAUCACAAGCUCAGCGGAUUAGCCAAUGCCGAGCCUUUGGAAGUUGACAUGCGUCCCCUCUGUUCGGCCACCAGCAUUUUGUACUCGCGCUCGAAGCUGUAUGGCUUGACGCCCACCAAGCAGAUGGCUGGAUUGAUGCUCUCAGGCAUCUUGUCCGACUCGUUGGAGUUCCGCUCGCCCACCACCACUGAGCUGGACAAAGUGCACGCGGCAGAGCUCGGGAAGCUGGCAGGGCUUGAUGUGCACGAGUUUGCGGAAGGGAUGCUGGAUGCGAAGGCGAAGGUGGACCACCUCAGCUGCAGCGAGCUCAUCAUGAUGGACACCAAGAUUUUCAACAUCGGCGGGAAGAAGUUGAGAGUCUCCGUGCUCGAGACCACCAAGGCGGCAGGCCCCUUGGCGAAGAAGGCGGAGCUGGUGACGGCCAUGAAGGAACUGAAGGAGAAGGAGAAGAUCGACGACGUGCUCUUCUUCGUGGUUGACAUCCUCAAGGAGUCAGCGACCUUCAUCUCCUCCUCCUCCACUGCGACGACGUUAGUGGAGAAAGCCUGGAAGGUGAAGGUGGAUGAUCAGGGUCUGGUGGUCCUUCCAAAGGUCCUCUCGCGCAAGAAGCAGAUCAUCCCCAAGCUGGAAGCUGCUGCCAAGGAGGAGCUGUAG